GGAAAGCGGAUUUCCAAGCAAGGAGCAUCCCCGCCGGAGCACGGUUGCACGUCGUCGCCUGUCUGCUCUGCAACCUCCAGCUUGACAGGACCAAGAAGCGAUUGAUGAGUAAUAUCCUUUCAAGAUAGGCUACAAUGUUGCGCAUCACGGCCAACAUGCUGGCAAUAGGAUUGCUUUUCUUAGGAUUCAUGCACAAUUUGGAAGUAAUCGGUCCAGCCAGGGCCAUUGAUGCCCCAAGGACCUGCAGCCCAAAGCAGUUUGUGUGCAAAGAUGGGGUAACGUGCAUCUCAAAGGGCUGGCGCUGCGAUCGGGAGAAGGACUGCCCGGACGGCUCUGACGAGGAGCCCGAUGUUUGUCCGCACAGCACGGUAUCACGGUGCCCUCCCAAUGAGUACCAGUGUGGAGGAACAGAGCUGUGCAUCCACAUGAGCAAACUGUGCAAUGGGGUCCCAGACUGCACUGAUGGCUGGGAUGAAGGACCACACUGCAGAGAGUAUAGCACCAACUGCUCACACAUGGGCUGUAAGGAACACUGUGCGGUUACUCCAGCAGGGCCUGCUUGUUACUGUAAGACUGGUUAUGAGAUCAGCUCAGAUGGAAAGAUGUGCAAAGACUUUAAUGAGUGCAGCUUGUAUGGGACCUGCAGUCAGACCUGUACUAACACCGAAGGCUCCUACACCUGUUCCUGUGUGGAGGGCUACUUGUCUCAGCCAGACAACCGCUCCUGCAAGGCCAAGAAUGUGCCAGUAGACCGUCUGCCUGUCCUGUUGAUUGCCAAUUCGCAGAACAUCCAAGCCACGUCUCUAAGCGGCACCACAGUCCACAGUCUGCUGUCUACCAGCACCAAACAAACCACCGCCAUGGACUUCCUUUAUGCCGAGGAAAAGGUUUGCUGGAUCCAUGUAGGAGACUCCCCCUCAUCCACAAAUCUCAAAUGUGCCUUGAUCCCCAACCUGAAGAGCUUCACGGAAGAGAGAAUCAUCAAUAUCUCCUUCAGCUUACAUCAUGUGGAGCAGAUGGCUAUUGACUGGCUAACUGGAAACUUCUACUUUGUGGAUGACGUGGACGAUAGGAUCUUCGUGUGUGACAAGGACGGGCAGACAUGUGUUACCCUCCUGGACCAGGAGCUGUACAACCCCAAAGGCAUCGCUCUGGACCCCACCAUGGGGAAGGUGUUCUUCACAGACUAUGGACAGAUCCCUAAGGUGGAGCGCUGUGACAUGGAUGGCCAGAACCGUACCAAACUCGUGGACAGUAAGAUCGUCUUCCCCCACGGCAUUACGCUGGACCUCGUCAGCAGGCUGGUGUACUGGGCUGAUGCCUAUCUAGACUAUAUUGAGGUGGUGGACUAUGAAGGCAAGAACAGGCACACCAUCAUCCAAGGACUGCUGAUUGAGCACCUGUAUGGGCUGACUGUAUUUGAAAACUAUCUGUAUGCCACCAACUCAGACAACGCUAAUAUGCAGCCUAAGACCAGCGUGAUCAGGGUGAACCGCUUCAACAGCACAGACUACCAGGUGGUGACCAGGGUUGACAAGGGGGGAGCGCUACACGUCUACCACCAGAGACGGCAGCCCCCAGUGCGUAGCCAUGCAUGUGAGGAGGACCAGUUUGGGAAGGCUGGAGGCUGCUCCGACAUCUGUCUUUUGGGGAAUGGCCACAAGACGCGGACUUGCCGCUGUCGCUCUGGAUUUAGCUUGGGUAGCGAUGGCAAAUCUUGCAAAAAACCAGAGCAUGAGCUCUUCCUGGUCUAUGGGAAGGGUCGCCCAGGGGUCAUCAGGGGCAUGGAUAUGAAUGCUAAGGUGCCAGACGAGUACAUGAUCCCAAUCGAGAAUCUAAUGAACCCGAGAGCGCUGGACUUUCACGCCGAGAGCGAGUUCAUUUACUUUGCUGAUGCCACCAGCUACAUCAUUGGGCGCCAGAAAAUAGAUGGAACAGAGAGGGAUACCAUCCUGAAGGAAGGGAUCCACACAGUCGAGGGUAUAGCCGUGGACUGGAUGGCUGACAAUUUGUACUGGACGGACGAUGGGCCGAAGAAAACUAUCAGUGUGGCUCGACUGGAAAAGGCGUCCCAGACCUGCAAAACACUCAUUGAAGGGAAAAUGACUCACCCUCGUGCCAUUGUAGUGGAUCCUCUUCAUGGGUGGAUGUAUUGGACAGACUGGGAAGAGGACCCUAAGGAAAGCAAGCGCGGCAAGAUCGAGCGGGCUUGGAUGGAUGGCUCGAACAGGAAUGUGUUUCUGACCAGUAAAACGGUGCUGUGGCCCAACGGCCUGAGUCUGGACAUCCCCCAGGGCAUCCUGUACUGGGUGGACGCCUACUAUGACCGCAUAGAGAUGGUCUAUCUUAACAGCUCUGGACGCAAGACGGUAUAUGAAGGUCAGGAGCUGAACCACGCCUUUGGUCUGUGCCACUACAAACAUUUUUUGUUCUGGAACGAGUACCGCAGUGGCAGCAUUUACAAGUUGGACACCACAACAGGCACUGCCACUCUGUUGCGCAAUGAGCGACCGCCCAUCUUUGAAAUCCGAAUGUAUGAUGCUCAACAGCAGCAAGGCUCUAACGCGUGUCGCGUAAACAAUGGUGGCUGCAGCAGUCUCUGUCUGGCCAUACCAGGGGGGCGGCAAUGUGCCUGUGCAAAAGACCAAGUACUAGACAAAACUGACAACACCAGCUGCAGAGCCAACCCUUCUUAUGUACCCCCUCCUCAGUGCCAGCCUGGAGAGUUUGCUUGUAAGAACAACCGCUGCAUCCAAGAGCGCUGGAAGUGUGAUGGAGACAAUGACUGUCUGGACAACAGUGAUGAGACUUCUGAACUGUGUUACCAGCACACUUGCUCCGCAGACAGAUUUAAGUGCAAGAACAACCGCUGCAUCCCUCUGCGCUGGCUGUGUGACGGAGAUAAUGACUGUGGGAAUGACGAGGAUGAGUCCAACACCACCUGUUCAGCCCGAACCUGCCCACCCAAUCAGUACUCAUGUGCUAGUGGGCGCUGCAUCCCUAUCUCCUGGACAUGUGACCUGGACGAUGACUGUGGCGAUCGAUCGGAUGAGCCAGCUUCCUGCGCCUACCCCACCUGUUUCCCCCUCACUCAGUUUACCUGCAACAAUGGGCGCUGCAUCAACAUUAACUGGCGCUGUGAUAAUGAUAAUGACUGCGGGGACAACAGCGAUGAGGCGGGUUGUAGUCACUCCUGCUCCAGUGCUCAGUUCAAGUGUAACAGCGGCCGCUGCAUCCCAGAUUACUGGACCUGUGAUGGAGAUAAUGACUGCGGGGACUACAGUGAUGAGACCCACGCAAACUGCACCAAUCAGACUACGCGCCCGCCUGGAGGUUGUCAUACAGACGAGUUUCAGUGUCGGAUGGAUGGCCUGUGCAUCCCCUUGCGCUGGCGCUGCGAUGGGGACACUGACUGCAUGGACAUGAGCGAUGAGAAGAACUGUGAGGGUGUCACACACAUGUGUGAUCCAGCUGUCAAGUUUGGCUGCAGGGACUCUGCACGCUGCAUCAGCAAAGCCUGGGUUUGUGACGGCGACAGUGAUUGUGAGGACAACUCAGAUGAGGACAACUGUGAGGCACUGGUGUGUAAGCUCUCUCACCAUGUGUGUGCCAACGACUCCACCAUCUGCCUGCCUGCGGAGAAACUUUGCGACAACACUAAAGACUGCCCAGAUGGCUCAGAUGAGAAACUCUGUGACUUGUGUUCGCUGGACAACGGUGAGUGCAGCCAUAACUGCACAGUGGCUCCUGGAGAGGGGGUCAUCUGUUCCUGUCCACUGGGCAUGGAGUUGGGGCCUGACAACAAGACUUGUCAGAUCCAGAGCUUCUGUGCUAAACACCUGAAGUGCAGUCAACGGUGCGAACAGAACAAGUUCAGUGUUAUAUGCUCAUGCUACGACGGUUGGGAACUCGAGACGGACAAGGAGAACUGCAAGAGCACAGAUCCUUUCAAACCCUUUAUCAUUUUCUCCAACCGCCAUGAGAUCCGCCGCAUAGAUUUGAAUAAGGGAGAGUUCAGCGUGUUAGUUCCUGGACUCAGAAACACCAUCGCCCUGGACUUCCAUCUUAACCAGAGUGCCCUCUAUUGGACUGACGUUGUGGAGGAUAAGAUCUAUCGAGGGAAGUUGUCUGAGAAUGGAGCUUUAACCAGCUUUGAUGUGGUAAUCCAGUACGGGCUGGCGACACCCGAGGGUCUGGCAGUCGACUGGAUAGCAGGAAACAUUUACUGGGUGGAAAGCAACCUGGAUCAGAUAGAGGUGGCCAAGUUGGAUGGCACCAUGAGGACCACACUAUUGGCAGGAGAGGUGGAGCACCCCCGAGCUAUUGCUCUUGACCCGCGUGAUGGGAUUCUUUUCUGGACAGACUGGGAUGCCAGUUUGCCAAGGAUUGAAGCUGCAUCCAUGAGUGGAGAAGGCAGGAAGACUAUCCACAAGGAGACUGGCAAUGGAGGCUGGCCAAAUGGACUCACUGUGGAUUAUCUAGAGCGUCGCAUCCUGUGGAUCGAUGCCAGGUCUGAUGCCAUUUAUUCAGCCAAGUAUGAUGGUUCUGGACUAAUUGAGGUUCUGAGGGGCCACGAGUACCUGUCCCAUCCGUUUGCCGUCACCAUGUAUGGUGGAGAGGUUUACUGGACAGACUGGCGGACCAACACGCUGGCCAAGGCAAACAAGUGGACUGGGAGCAACGUCACUGUGGUACAGAGAACCAAUACGCAACCUUUUGACCUUCAAGUGUACCAUCCAUCCAGACAACCACAGGCUCCUAAUCCGUGUGCACCUAAAGAUGGCAAAGAGCCCUGCUCUCACCUGUGCCUCAUCAACUUCAAUCAGACGUUCUCCUGUGCUUGUCCUCACCUCAUGAAGCUGGGUGCUGACAAACGCACUUGUUACGAGUCUCGCCAAUUCUUGCUGUACGCUCGACAGAUAGAGAUCAGAGGAGUGGACAUCGACAACCCGUACUACAACUAUAUUAUCUCCUUCACUGUGCCGGAUAUCGACAACGUGACUGUGGUGGACUAUGAUGCUCUGGAACAGCGUAUCUACUGGUCAGAUGUCCGUACUCAGACCAUCAAGAGAGCGUUCAUCAAUGGCACUGGAGUUGAGACUGUAGUUUCUGCUGAUUUGCCCAAUACUCAUGGUCUGGCAGUCGACUGGGUGUCCAGGAACCUGUUCUGGACCAGUUAUGAUGCCAAUAAGAAGCAGAUUAAUGUUGCCAGACUGGACGGCUCCUUCAAAAAUGCUGUUAUCCAGGGCUUAGACAAACCACACUGUCUAGUCCUUCAUCCAAUACUGGGGAAACUGUACUGGACAGAUGGGGACAACAUCAGCAUGGCCAACACAGAUGGCACCAACCGCAGCAUCCUCUUCGCCAACCAGAAAGGCCCUGUUGGCCUCUCCAUUGACUUUGAAACUGAGCAGCUUUAUUGGAUCAGCUCAGGAAAUAGCACCAUCAACCGCUGUAAACUGGAUGGCUCUGGACUGGAGGUGCUUGAAGGGGCCAAGGGCAAGCUGACCAAGGCCACUGCCUUAGCCAUCAUGGGAGACAAGUUGUGGUGGGCAGACCAAGGAACUGACCAAAUAGGAACCUGUGACAAGAAGGAUGGUGGCAACUGGAAAAUCCUGAGGAACAGCACUUCUCCUAUGAUGCACAUGAAAAUCUACAAUGAAACUGUGCAGAAAGGCACCAAUCUUUGCAGUAAUAACAAUGGAGACUGUUCCCAGCUGUGCCUCCCCACUUCCCAGACCACCAGAUCCUGCAUGUGCACUGCAGGAUACAGCCUGCGCAGAGGGCAGCAGUCUUGUGAGGGUGUAGGCUCUUUCUUGCUGUACUCGGUGCACGAGGGCAUACGGGGCAUUCCUUUGGACCCAUCAGAUAAGUCUGAUGCCCUUGUGCCAGUGUCGGGCACCUCCCUAGCAGUGGGCAUAGAUUUUCAUGCUGACAAUGACACUAUCUACUGGGUAGACAUGGGCCUGAGCACCAUCAGCAGGGCCAAGAGAGACCAAACCUGGAGAGAGGACGUGGUCACUAAUGGCAUUGGGAGGGUAGAGGGCAUCGCUGUUGACUGGAUUGCUGGAAACAUCUAUUGGACAGACCAAGGCUUCGAUGUGAUUGAGGUAGCCAGACUGAACGGUUCCUUCCGCUACGUGGUGAUCUCCCAGGGCUUAGACAAACCUCGUGCCAUCACUGUCCAUCCUGAGAAAGGCUACCUGUUUUGGACAGAGUGGGGCCAGUAUCCUCGUAUUGAACGGUCUCGCCUGGAUGGCUCUGAGAGGGCCAUCCUGGUCAAUGUCAGUAUCAGCUGGCCCAACGGCAUCUCCAUCGACUAUGAGGAGGGUCUGCUGUACUGGUGCGAUGCCAGGACCGACAAAAUUGAGCGCAUUAACCUGGAGACUGGAGAAAACAGGGAAGUGGUGUUGGCCAACAACAACAUGGACAUGUUCUCUGUGUCUGUAUUUGAGAGCUACAUCUACUGGAGUGACAGAACGCAUGCCAACGGCUCCAUAAAAAGAGGCAGCAAGGACAAUGCCACAGACUCUGUGUCUCUGAGGACUGGGAUUGGGGUCCAGCUCAAAGACAUCAAGGUUUUCAACAGGGCCAGGCAGAAAGGAACAAACGUGUGCAAAGAAAACAAUGGCGGGUGUGAGCAGCUUUGUCUUUUCCGCGGCAAAGGACACCGCACGUGUGCCUGCGCCCACGGCAUGCUGGCUGAAGAUGGCCGCAGCUGCCGUGACUAUGAUGGCUACCUGCUCUACUCGGAGCGCACCAUACUAAAGAGCGUUCACCUCUCUGAUGAAAACAACCUGAAUGCACCCAUAAAACCAUUUGAGGACCCCGAGCACAUGAAGAAUGUCAUCGCGCUCACUUUUGAUUACAGAGGAGGAGGAGGGAAAGGAGCUAACCGUAUCUUCUUCAGUGAUAUUCAUUUUGGCAACAUCCAACAGAUCAGUGAUGAUGGGUUGGACCGCAGGACUGUAGUAGAGAACGUGGGCUCGGUGGAGGGUUUGGCAUACCACAGGGGCUGGGAUAUGUUGUACUGGACGAGCUACACUACCUCAACAAUCACCCGCCACACUGUGGACCAGAGCCGCUGGGGUGCUGUUGACCGGCAUACAGUGGUCACCAUGUCGGGGGACGACCACCCGAGGGCCUUCGUCCUUGACGAGUGUCAGAGCCUGAUGUUCUGGACCAACUGGAAUGAGCAGUCUCCCAGUAUCAUGCGUGCCACACUGACUGGUUCCAAUGUCCUUGUGAUCAUUGGCACCGACAUCCGAACCCCCAAUGGCUUGGCCAUAGACCACCGUGCUGAAAAGCUUUAUUUCUCUGACGCCACACUGGACAAGAUUGAGCGCUGCGAGUAUGAUGGCAGUAGGCGCUAUGUCGUGCUGAAGAAUGAACCGGUCCAUCCAUUUGGCCUGGCAGUGUAUGGAGACUACAUCUUCUGGACUGACUGGGUGAGGAGGGCUGUGCUCCGGGCUGAGAAAUUCACCGGGGGAGAUAUGAAGGUCCUGCGUGCUGACAUUCCUCAACAGCCGAUGGGCAUUGUGGCGGUGGCCAACGACACUAACAGCUGUGAAUUCUCCCUGUGCCGUGUUAACAACGGGGGAUGUCAGGACCUGUGUUUGCUGACCUCUGAGGGAAGGGUCAACUGCAGCUGUCGGGGUGACAGGAAACUUUUGGAAGACAACACUUGCAUAGCCCUUAACACCACAUGUAACAGCAUUGAUGAGUUUGAGUGUGGAAAUGGAGACUGCGUUAACUACACCCUGACUUGUGAUGGUAUGGCUCACUGCAAGGACAAGUCUGAUGAGAAGCAGUCGUACUGUGCCAACCGUGUCUGUAAGAAGGGCUACAGACGAUGUGUAAAUGGCCGCUGUGUGGGUCACGGCUCCUGGUGCAACGGCCAAGAUGACUGCGGAGACAACUCUGACGAGCUCUUCUGUAACACCACGCUGUGCUCAGCCGAUCAGUUCCAGUGCAGAGACGGAAGCUGCAUCUCCAACUCCAGCAAGUGCAACCAGAAAGUGGACUGCGAGGACGCUAGUGACGAGAUGAACUGCACUGCCACAGACUGUUCCAGUUAUUUCCAUCUGGGAGUGAAGGGAGUGACAUUUCAGAAGUGCGAGUUCACCACACUCUGCUAUGCACCUUCCUGGCAGUGUGAUGGAGCCAAUGACUGUGGAGACUUCUCAGAUGAAAGAAAUUGCCCUGGGAGCGGGAAAACAAAGUGUCCGGCACCCUUCUUCGCCUGCCCUAGCGGACGUUGUAUCCCUAUGAGCUGGACUUGUGAUAAGGAGAAUGACUGUGAGAAUGGUGCGGACGAGGCUCACUGUGAUAAGUUCUGUUCAGCCUCCCAGUUUGAGUGUGGGAACCACCGCUGCAUUCCCAACCGUUGGGUGUGCGAUGGAGCGGAUGACUGUGGUGACAGCAGCGAUGAGGAUAGCAAGUGCAAGACUAAAACCUGCAGUCCAGAGGCAUUCCAGUGCCCUGGGUCGCACAUGUGUAUUCCUAAGCGCUGGAUGUGUGAUGGAGAUAAAGACUGUCCUGAUGGAGCUGAUGAGAGUGUGAAAGCUGGCUGCCUCUUCAACAACACGUGCGGCAGCAAUGAGUUCAUGUGCCAGAACCGACAAUGUAUCCCUAAGCAUUUUGUGUGUGACCAUGACAACGACUGCAGCGACGGCUCAGAUGAGUCCCAAGAGUGCGAGUAUCCGCCGUGUGGACCGAACAAGUUCCGCUGCGCCAACGGACGCUGUCUCAUUAAAAAUUCAUGGGAGUGCGACGGAGACUUUGACUGUCAUGACCACUCAGAUGAAGCACCGAAAAAUCCACGCUGCACCGGCCCAGAGAAGAAAUGCAAUGACACCGCGUACGUCUGCAAUAAUGGAAACUGCGUCAACGACACAUUGCUUUGUGACCAUAAAGAUGACUGUGGUGACGGUUCUGAUGAACUCAACUGUUUUAUUAACGAGUGCCUGAACAGCAAACUGAGUGGCUGCUCCCAGCUCUGUGAAGACCUGAAAAUAGGGUUUAAGUGCAGAUGCCAUCCUGGCUUCCAUCUGAAAGAUGACGGGAAGACUUGUAUUGAUGUAGAUGAAUGCACAACCACUUACCCGUGCACGCAGCGCUGCAUCAACACGCACGGCAGCUUCCACUGUCUGUGUGUGGAGGGUUUCCAGCUUAGCCCCGAGAACCCCACAAUAUGCAAAUCCACUUCUGAUGAAGAACCCUUCCUAAUCUUUGCCAACCGCUAUUACCUGAGGAAGCUCAACUUGGAUGGCUCUAACUACACCUUACUCAAACAGGGCUUGAACAAUGCUGUGGCUCUGGACUUCGACUAUCGCCAGCAGAUGAUUUAUUGGACAGAUGUGACCACCCAGGGCAGCAUGAUUCGACGCAUGCACAUCAAUGGCAGCAAUGUUCAGGUUCUUCACCGCACAUCACUUAGCAACCCAGACGGUCUGGCGGUUGACUGGGUGGGAGGAAACCUGUACUGGUGCGAUAAAGGACGGGAUACUAUUGAGGUGUCAAAGCUGAACGGAGCAUACCGAACAGUUCUGGUCAACAACGGCUUGAGGGAGCCACGUGCUCUCGCUGUGGAUGUACGCUAUGGGUACUUGUACUGGUCUGACUGGGGUGACAACCCCCACAUAGGGAGGAUUGGGAUGGAUGGCAAUAACAGGAGUGUCAUUGUGGAGGAUAAGAUCACCUGGCCCAAUGGUCUAACUCUUGACUUUAUUAAUGACCGCAUUUACUGGGCCGACGCGCGGGAGGACUACAUUGCUUUUGCCAGCCUGGAUGGAACAAAUAGACAUACAGUUCUGACCCAGGAUAUCCCCCACAUCUUUGCCAUGACUUUGUUCGAGGAGUACAUCUACUGGACAGACUGGGAAACGAAGUCCAUCAACAGAGCGCAUAAGACUCUGGGGAUCAACAAGACGAUGCUGAUCAGCACCUUACACAGACCCAUGGACAUCCACAUUUACCACCCAUAUCGCCAACCUGAUGUGGAAGGCCACCCGUGCCAGACAAAUAAUGGAGGCUGCAGUAACCUGUGCUUGCUUUCUCCUGGAGGGGGUUACAAGUGUGCUUGCCCAACUAACUUUUACCUAGCAGCAGAUGGGAAACAUUGCUUGUCCAACUGUACCGCCAGUCAGUUUGUUUGCAAAAACGACAAAUGCAUCCCAUUUUGGUGGAAGUGCGACACUGAGGAUGACUGUGGGGACCGCUCAGAUGAGCCUGCAGACUGCCCUGCGUUUAAGUGCAGACCAGGCCAGUUUCAGUGUGAUACCGGCAUCUGUACUAACCCAGCCUACAUCUGUGAUGGAGACAAUGACUGCCAGGACAACUCUGACGAAGCCAACUGCGACAUCCAUGUGUGCCUGCCGAGUCAGUUCAAAUGUUCUCACCCCAGUCGCUGCAUCCCUGGCAUCUUCCGCUGCAAUGGGCAGGAUAAUUGCGGUGACGGAGAGGACGAGAAAGACUGCCCGGAGGUAACGUGCGCCCCCAACCAGUUCCAGUGUGCCAUCACAAAGCGCUGUAUCCCACGGGUGUGGGUGUGUGACAGGGACAAUGACUGUGUGGAUGGAUCUGAUGAGCCUGCCAACUGCACUCAAAUGACGUGCGGUGUGGACGAGUUCCGCUGUAAGGACUCGGGCCGCUGCAUCCCGGCACGAUGGAAGUGUGACGGAGAAGAUGAUUGUGGUGACGCAUCAGACGAACCCAAGGAGGAGUGUGAUGAGAGGACGUGUGAGCCAUACCAGUUCCGCUGUAAAAACAAUCGCUGUGUGCCCGGCCGCUGGCAGUGCGACUACGACAAUGAUUGCGGGGACAACUCCGACGAAGACAAGUGCGUGCCUCGUCAGUGCUCCGAGAGCGAGUUUGCCUGCACAAACGGCCGUUGCAUUGCAGGGCGCUGGAAGUGUGACGGGGACCACGACUGCGCUGACGGUUCAGAUGAGAAUGGCUGUGAUGUGAAAUGUGACAGAGAUCAGUUCCAGUGCAAAAACGGCCACUGCAUUCCCCUCCGCUGGCGCUGUGACGAGGAUCCCGAUUGCAUGGAUGGCAGCGAUGAGGAGAACUGCGACAGUCGCGCUGGUAGACACUGCCCCCUAGAUGAGUUCCAGUGCAACAACACCCUUUGCAAACCCCUGGGCUGGAUGUGUGAUGGUGAGGAUGACUGUGGAGACAACUCUGAUGAGAACCCAGAAGAGUGUGUUAAAUUCCAGUGUCCACCCAAAAGGCAGUUCCGGUGCCAAAACGACCGCGUCUGUCUGCCGGUAUCAAAACGCUGUGAUGGUGUAAACAACUGUGGGGACAACAGUGACGAACUCAGCUGCUUCACUCCUUCCAAACCAGCGUGCCAAAAGGACGAGUUCGAGUGCUCGAAUGGCCGUUGCAUCAGCUCAGUUCUGCGCUGCAACUACUUCAACGAUUGCGAGGACUACGGUUCUGAUGAAAUCAACUGCAAUAAGAAGGACACAGUGCUGAACGACUGUCGCAGUAACAGAACGGUGUGUGGAGAUGGAGAUGAAGCUCACUGUGUGGUGAACGGCACCGACUCUUUCUGCUCCUGCAAACCUGGCUUCAAGUCCAGUGGACUUAACAGAUGCGAAGAUAAGAAUGAGUGCAAGCAGUUUGGAGCGUGUUCCCAUAUCUGCAACAACACUAAAGGUUCCUACAAGUGCAGCUGCCACAAGUACUUCAGCAGAAUCAAUGACACCUGCAAGGCUGAUACUCAGAGACAAGUCCUCUACAUCGCUGAUGACAAUGAAAUCCGCAGCCUGGACCCUUCCAUGCCAAACUGGCGCUAUGAGCAGAUCUUCCAGGGUGAUGCCAACGUGCGCAUUGAUGCCAUGGACCUGCACGUGAAGACUGGUCGCAUUUACUGGACAAACUGGCACACGGGGCGCAUUUCUUCCUACGAUUUGCCUUCUUCCUCCCCGUCCCCCAACAGCAACCGCAACCGACGCCAAAGUGACUCCAGGGUCACCAGCCUUGAGAUCCCUGAUCUGAAAAUGCCCCGUGGCGUUGCUGUGGACUGGGUGGCAGGGAACUUGUACUGGACUGACUCUGGUAGAGAUGUCAUCGAAGUAGCCCAAAUAAGUGGAGGACGCCACCGCAAAACGCUGAUCUCAGGCAUGAUUGAUGAGCCCCAUGCAAUUGUAGUUGACCCCCAGAGAGGGAAAAUGUACUGGGCUGACUGGGGCACCCACCCCAAGAUUGAAACAGCUGCUAUGGAUGGAACCAUGAGAGAGACUCUGGUUGAAGAAAACAUCCAAUGGCCAACUGGCCUGGCGGUGGACUACUUUAAUGAGCGUCUGUACUGGGCUGACGCCAAACUCUCCAUGAUUUGCAGCGUGAAGCUGAACGGCAGUGAUGCAGUUGUGGCUGUAAACAGCAUUAAAAACAAGCUCCAUCAGCCCUUCAGCAUCGACGUGUUUGAGGACUACAUCUAUGGGGUCACUUACAUCAACAACUACGUCUUCCGAGUGAAUAAGUUUGGCAAAGGCCCCAUUGAGAAUCUGACCACUGGAAUAAACCAUGCCACUGAUAUCGCCCUGUAUCACCGUUACAAACAACCUGAGAUGACUAAUCCCUGUGACAGGAAGAAAUGUGAAUGGCUCUGCCUGCUAAGCCCCAGUGGACCUGUCUGCACCUGUCCCAAUGGACGCACGCUGGACAAUGGCACAUGUGUAGAGCUUCCUACUCCCACUUUGUCACCUAUCUCGCCUCCUAGUGGUCCCUGCUUAAUCCAGUGCAUGAACGGUGGCAGCUGUUUCCUAAAUGCCCACAAGCAGCCCAAGUGUCGCUGCCAGCCUAAUUACGGAGGAGAUCGAUGCGAGAUUGACCAGUGCAGGGACUACUGCAAGAAUGGAGGCACAUGCACACCUUCCCCUACAGGCUCUCCUACCUGUCGAUGCCUGACAGGCUUUACGGGGCCAAAUUGUAACCUACACACUUGUAAAGAUUACUGCCAGAAUGGAGGCAAUUGUACCGUCAGUGCUGGAAACCAGCCAACCUGCAGCUGCCCCUCUGGCUUCCUUGGCGACCAGUGCCAGUACAGAGGCUGUGAAGCCCACUGUCUUAACGACGGCACGUGUCUAGAGACCGAAAAUGGCACCAGACUGUGCCGCUGUCGGCCCCAGUACACUGGCAGUACAUGUGAGAUUGACAGGUGUCACUACUGUCGUGAUGGCGAGUGUAUCCGCAGCACUACUUUGACAUCCGCAGUGAACUUCACCUGUCGCUGCACAGACGGCAGAAUCCAGCCCAGCUGUUACACAUGUGAUACGAAUGAGUACUGUGCAAAUGGCCAGUGCGCUAUAGACCCCAAGACUCGCCUUCCGAAGUGCAUAUGUUCAUCUGGCUGGGAAGGGCAUCGUUGUGAGUCUGUGGCCACUAGUGAUACCUCAGGUUCAAGCGGACGCACAGUCUCUAUACUGAUCGCAGUGCUGCUGCUGCUGCUGCUGAUCCUCCUGGCUGCAGGAGCAUUGUUCUGGUAUAGGAGAAGGAUGAGAGGGGCCAAGGGUUUCCAGCACCAAAGGAUGACCAAUGGGGCCAUGAAUGUUGAGAUCGGAAACCCUGCUUACAAGAUCUAUGAGGGUGAGCCCGACGAUGAUGCUGGGGAGCUGCUAGAUGCAGACUUCACUCUGGACCCAGAUAAGCCCACUAACUUCACCAACCCAGUAUACGCCACUCUGUAUAUGGGAGCUCACAACAGUCGCAACUCUCUGGCCAGCACGGAUGAGAAGAAGGAGUUGCUAUCACGUGGCGAUGAGGAGCCCCUUGUGGACCCACUGGCAUAGACUUUCUGUUGGCCUGGAUCAUGCUAUUCCAAACACACCCCCAUUCUUGCCUUUUAAAGAAAAAUGACACAAAAAUCAAUAAAAAAGUGUGAGAGAAAAUUGAUAAAACAUGUGAACACUGUAUAAAAUGUACAAAAAUGAAGGACUACUUUUGUAUGUGAUUGCAGUAUUAUAUUUUGUUCUUUUGAGAUUCCUCUGGUCAAAAACGAAUAACAUUUUCUAUGAGAGAUUUUUAAUUUCCACUUUGUCCCUUACCCUUUACCUAAAUAGCCACUACCUCUGUGCAAAAUGAAAUGGAAACAAGAAAAUCAUAAGAAAAAAAAUGCUAUCAUUGGAGCAAUUUUAAUUUUUUAUUUUUGUAUGAACUGUAUAGAAAAGAAAAAAAAAGCAUUGUUCCAUUUCACCAGUGCCAACUGUGUGUUGUUUGUGUUGACUUUGAGCGGGAAAGGCAAAACUCAAAGUUUUCUAAAUCGGUACAUAUGUCGUCUUGCUGGAGUUCGUAGCAAGAAUGUGUGAGACAGAUUUGUGAUAGCACCGUUUGUGUAUAGCACAUGUAAAAUGUCAAUACCAGAUGGCAACUACAGUAUUUCCACAUCAUUUCUUUUUUCCUCAGAGAACAACGUUCAUAAAAUGAUUGUGUUGUCUUCCUUGCACAGAAUAUCACAUUUUACGGUAUAGUGUAUACUGUAGGCUUUAUACCUUAAGAUGUAAAGCAGAUAUGUUUGUUUUUAUCACUUCAUGUGUAACAGCUGGAGCUGAUGUGUUGCUGUGGUGAAAGGAAAAGAGGCUUUCUGGCGUGUGAUUGUGGAGUUAGGAGAAUGAGGAAGUUGGUUAUGGGUUAAACAUUCCAGGCAGAGAGGAUGGUGGAGAUCACAGAUGUAAAGCAGUAGUUGGGCUGAAUACUUUAAUGGGUGGGUAGCUGGCUGUGUGUACAUGCCCAGAGAACAGCUGGCUAAUAAUGGCGGGGCCUUUUUUGAUAGAAGACUUAUGGAUAGUGUCGUGUUUGCACUAUUUAGCGUCUGUUUUAUGGCCUUCCUGUAGAGGCUGCAGUUAUGGUCAAAUGUAAGGAGAGAUUUUUGUGUGUGUGUUCUAGUGACCAGACAACAUCCAUCUGGCUUUGUGAGUAAUUUCUGCCUUCAGAGGAUCAAAGUCUGUAUGUUCACAGUUUUGUAUUGACUCGGUCUUAAGUGCAUUAAUUUCAGUUGAUCUUUAGCGUUUCUUUUUUCUUCCUGAUCUCUUCUCUGUGCCCUGCUGCUGCUAAUGCUACCAUUCUGGUUGCUCUGACACGUCCUUACGCUCAGCCUCUGUCCCAAAAUGCUGCUUCUGUCAGAAAUGUGUCAGCCAUAUCUUAAUGCAUGUGAAAAGUAACACAAGUCUUCAGUGUAACUACAGUAACAAGUUUUUAUUUUGCUUACCUGUCAAGCCAACUUUAUUUUAUGCUGUUGUGUAUGUUUUGUCUUGAAUUGAGAGAGAAGUACAAUCAUUUUACCUAAAGGACAUUUUUGCAAAAUCAUACCUGCAUUUUCAGCCUUUGUUUUUUGUUUGAUUAGUCCUUGUUUUUUAAAAUGAAAAAUGACACAUAGCUUUUAUAGUACACAAUGCAUGGAGGCGCAGACUUUCUUCUGGAAAGAGAAUAAUGUUUAAUUUUUGCUGGAGUACUUUACAAACUAAAUAACAGAUAUUGUUAUAAAUAAAAUUUAAAAAAAUUGUACAGAAAACAA